UUCCUUUAGAAAUUUCACUCAAUAGUUAUACUCUGUUAACUACAAAAUUUUUGGGGUAAAAAUUGUGCAAGUGUUUUUAAAGCGAUGAAAGUACCGAAAACUCCCGAUUGGGUCUCUACGCUGUCCCUGAAUCAGGCGGUCCAGACCAUCCUUGGGGAUGGUGAUCACAUCCUGACGGUAGUUCCGAGCGUCCACCUCAUCCAGUUCCGUAACUGCACGGUCCUUCUUCCCAUCCGGGUGAAGGUCCAGUCACCAGACUUCACGAUAAAGAAGUUAUCCUUCGUGCUGAAGGCCCCACACGGCAGUGACUUCCAGGCCAGGUUGAUGAGUCAGCUGAAGCUGUUCCUUCGGGAACAACAUGUCUACCACAAUGUCCUACCCAAGUUGGAGCAGCUGUACAGGGAGGUGGGCAAGGAGAUAACCUUUGGCCCAAGGGCUUUCAAGCUGGACCACAGCAUCGGUGUUCAGUACAUUCUACUGGAGGAUCUCAAGACCCAGGGAUAUAGAAAUGUUGUGCGGCAAGAGGGGUUCAAUGAAGAGUGCCUGAAGCAAGUGCUCAAGAAGCUGGCCCAACUCCAUGCCGCCUCCGUCGUGUAUGUGGAAAAACAUGGGGCUUUCAGCAACCUUCUGACCAAAGGAGUCUAUACUAUGGGCAAUCGAUCCGUUCUCCGGGAGAUAAACGAUCCGGACAUCUUUCUUUCGCAGCUGCGACGAUGGCGCAUGGGCGACCAUUUCCACAAGCGAUUCGUGGAGAAGGAGCAAGAUCUCGUAGAUAGGUUAUUGGAGCUUCACGUCCCCGAUCCCAAACAAUUCAAUGUCUUAAAUCACUGCGACUGCUGGGUGAAUAAUGUAAUGCUUAAGUUUGACGAUAUCGGUCAAGUGGUGGAAACCGCCCUGCUCGAUUUCCAGGUGGUAAAAUACGGAUCUCCGGCUAUUGAUCUUUACUACACCAUCCUGUCAUCCGCCGAGAAGGAUAUUAAGUUAAACCAGUUCGAUGAAUUGGUACAGUAUUACUUCUAUCAUUUGCUGGAUAAUCUCAAAGUUCUGAGCUGCCAAGGCACUUUGCCGCAACUACAGGAUAUUCGCGAUUCCCUCAGUAGGAACGGGCUGGCAGCCUAUGUGGUGGUGACUCGCGCUCUACCCAUUGCGAUGAUGAGUCAGUUUGAGGACGAGGUCAACGAACGAUAUGCCUCCAAAAUGAAGUGUGCCAUGUUCACCAACCGAAAAUACAUCCAGGCGAUGAAGGAAAUUCUGCCCUGGAUGGAGGAACGAUUCCUGCUCAAUUAG